GAAGAAAUAUACAACAACAACAACAACAACAACAGAGACUUACUCUCAAGUUUGUUUUCUGCUGCAGCUGUCACUAAAACAGGAUCCAGCAAGGUGUGUUCAAGCCACCUCCCCUUCAGGUAAACCCUCAGAGAUCCAAAUUGAAUCCACCAUGAGACUGAAAAACUUCCCUAACAGGCAGAAACAUCCAACAGAACCAACCAACCAGACUCAUUCAGGAACAGGCGUCUGCAUACUGAAGGAUGGAGGGAUCAGCAGGAAAUCCCAGAGCUGCCUCGUCUCACAAACUUCCUGCCUGGGGGUCGGAGUUGGCAGAAACCUCAGAAGAAAACCCAAAGACCGGUCAGACUGAUUCCAGCGUACGCCAGAGUCCUGAAGAGAACCAGGGGUCAGCGCAGAAUCCAGACCAACUUAUAUUCUCCAAAGACUUUAUCAACCAGGAUCCUGAUCAACGGGGACCAGAAUCUACAGCCAAACAAGAUCAACCAAACGAAGAUCUUUUUUGUACAGAUCAAGAGAAACCAGGACCCCCCUCCUGUCCCAAACGAGAACUGAAACCAGAGGAAUCCCAGCAGAACCAGAUCCAGAGACCUGAUGAAGACACUACAAAAAGGGACAAGCCCCCAUCAUCAAAGCAUUUACCUAUUUUUACCUCAACCUUAAGACACGAGCUGAACACUGAGCAUCCUCCUCCUCACCUGAACAUUGAGAAGACUCCUCCUCCUCAAUUGAACACUGAGCUGACUCCUCCUUACCUGAGCACAGAAAAAACUCCUCCCCCUCCUUACCUGGACACUGAGCAGACUCCUCCUCCUCCGAGCACUGAGCAGACUCUUCCUCCUCACCUAAACAUUGAGCAGACUCCUCCGAGCACUGAGAAGACUCCUCCCCCUCAUCACCUGAAGCCUGAGAAGACUCCUCCUCAAUUGAACACUGAGCUGACUCCUCCCCCUCCUUACCUGGACACUGAGCAGACUCCUCCUCCUCCGAGCACUGAGCAGACUCCUCCUCCUCCGAGCACUGAGCAGACUCCUCCUCCUCCGAGCACUGAGCAGACUCCUCCUCCUCACCUAAACACUGAGCAGACUCCUCCUCCUCCGAGCACUGAGCAGACUCCUCCUCCUCACCUAAACACUGAGCAGACUCCUCCUCCUCCGAGCACUGAGCAGACUCCUCCUCCUCACCUAAACACUGAGCAGACUCCUCCACACCUAAACACUGAGCAGACUCCUCCUCACCUAAACACUGAGCAGACUCCUCCUCCUCCGAGCACUGAGCAGACUCCUCCUCCUCACGUAAACACUGAGCAGACUCCUCCUCCUCACGUAAACACUGAGCAGACUCCUCCCCCUCACCUGAAAACAGAGCAAACUCCCCCUCCUCCUCACCUGAACUCUGAGCAGAUUCCUCCUCAACCUCUCCUGAAUACUGAUCAGAGACCACCUCCUCCUCCUCCUCCUCACCAGAGCACUGAGCAGGCACCACCUUCUCCUGCAGAUCAGCAGAGCCCCCUGCCAUCUCUUUCCACUGUUAAUGCAACCAACUUAUCAACCCUGGCUCCCCCAGCUCCACCGCUCACCAUUGAGGUGUUCUGUGAGCAGGUGCAGCCCGGCACUCCUGCUUCUUCUUCAGGUGAGCCAAAACUGUGCGGCUUUCUGCAAAAGCAAGGAGGGCCUCUGAGGGCCUGGAAGCAGCGCUGGUUCACCUACGAGGAGAAGAAGAAUCAGUUGUUCUACUUCCGCACUCGGCAGGAUGUGAUGCCACUAGGUCAGGUGGAGCUUUCCAGUGCCACCUUCACCUACCCUUUGAAUGCAGAGAGAGGCACCUUCCACAUCAGGACACCUGAACGCACCUUCAUACUCAAGGCUGUGACCCAGGAUCUCAUGCUCUAUUGGCUCCAGCAGCUGCAGGUGAAACGUUGGCAGCACAGACAGAUGUCCAUCUGUCCUGACCCCACAAACAACAACAAAAUUGAAGAUGACUUCCUGCCCGUGUUGAAGAGCCCCGUGGGUCUGGUUGGGGAGGAGGCAGUGAACGCAUCAUCACAACGAACGCCUUUCACCAGCAUGUCAAUCAAACACCCGCUCAUCGGGAUCCAAAACUCGUUCCACAGUCUGCGUAAGAGGUCAUCUCAGGAUGUGAGUCAGAGUAUGUUUCAUGUAGAGACUCCAUCAUGGACUCACCUUAGCUCCUCAAACACCACCACCAAAACAGUCCCUGCAGCCUCAAGGACCCCCAGUGAGCCUCAGACUCCACCCCCUGCUCUUUCAUUGGCAGAGCCAACAGGUCAGGUGUCCCCUGUGAUGCACAGGCCGGAGAGACGGAGCAGGAGAACAAAUACUCGCAGUUCAUCCUCCAUGAUGGUCCUCCUCAAAGACACAGUUAUGUCAGAUCGAAUGAGUCGCUUCCUGCAGGAGAAACAGAUGCUGAUGGAGGAGGUGAAAGCUCAGAAGGAGCUGGUCUGGAUCCUGCACAAAGCUCUGGAGGCAUCUCAACUAGAGAAGCGCACAUGUGCAGAGUUUUUGGCGGCAACAGGUGAGCAGGAGCGUCUGGAGCUGCUGCGUCACCGUGAGCGUCAUGUGGCUGAGCUGCGGGCCCAGCUGGAGAAGGCAAGGGAGGAGGCGGAGUCAGCGCAAAGGAGUCAGGCUCAGAGUGAGGCUCAGGUGGUUGAGCUGCAGGAGCACAUCAGGCUGCUGGAGGAGAAAAACACAGCCGGGAAGGAGGUGAUCAUUAAACUGUCCGAUAAGCUGACCGACUGCAUGUUGGACCCACCUCUGUCCUGUGAAGACGAUUUGGACUUUCAGACCCUCAAACAGCAGAUUGAGAAUCUGAAGGACGACCUGGAGGCAUAUCAGACUCAGAAUCGUUUCCUGAACUCUGAAAUCCAGCAGCUGACCCGUCUGUGGAGGACGAGCUCGGAGCAGGAGAAGACUCUGAUGGUGAAGUGUGCACACCUGGAGGCAGGUAACUGUCAGGUGGAGAGCAGGUACCUGAACGUCCUGCGGCAGCUGCAGGAGGUGAAAUCUUUGGAUCCGGUACAGCGGGCGGCCGUCCAGAAGAUGAUUGAGGAGGCUCUGAAGGGAGAGGUGAUGAGCGUCAGGGAGCCCAGUCUGGCCAGAGACCACGAUGAGUAUGGCUUCAAGAUCAUCCCCGACUACGAGGUGGAGGACAUGAAGUUGCUUGCCAAGAUCCAGGCGCUGGAGAUCCGCUCAAACAACCUGAUGCACCAGGAUGGAGUGGAGCGCCCUCUGCUGGCUCGCUGGGCUCAGUUCCUAGCCGGCAGAUUGGACAAUGACCUCGUCCCUUCUCCUGAGCUCAAAGGUCUGCUGCGAGCCGGCAUCCCUCAGGUGUACAGACAGCAGGUGUGGCGCUGGUUGGUCCAAGCCAGAACCAGAAACAUCAGAGAGCAUCAUCCACAGCGCUACCAACAGCUGUGUGAGAAGAGUCGGAUGUCCCCUCACCCGGCCUGCAGGCAGAUCCAGCUGGACCUCCACCGCACCCUAACAACCAACAACCACUUCUCCUCACCCUCAAGCCCCGCCCUCCAGCAGCUCCGCCACAUUCUACUGGCCUUCUCCUGGCAGAACCCAGCCAUUGGCUACUGCCAGGGACUCAACAGGUUGGCAGCCAUCGCUCUGCUGGUGCUUCAGAGUGAAGAGGACGCCUUCUGGUGUCUGGUGGCAGUGGUUGAAACCAUCAUGCCUCAGGACUACUACACCAAGAACCUGGUGGCCUCUCAGGCUGACCAGCGCGUGUUGAAGGACUUAUUGUUGGAGAAGCUACCACGGUUGGCGGCUCAUUUCGAGGAUUACAGCAUAGACGUGUCUCUGAUGACCUUUAACUGGUUCCUUGUGGUUUUUGUGGAGAGUCUGCCAAGCGACAUCCUGCUGCCGCUUUGGGACGCCUUCCUGUACGAGGGCACCAAGGUGAUCUUCAGGUACGCUCUGGCUAUCUUCAAAUAUAAAGAGGAUGACAUCCUGAAGAUCUGUGACAGUGUGGAGAUCUACCAAUACCUGCGCUUCUUUACCAAGACCAUCUCUGAUAGCAGGAAGCUAAUUAACAUCGCCUUCAGCGUCAUGAAUCCGUUCCCUGGCCGCCUGCUGAGGAACAGGCGAGCAUUUCACCUGGAGCGCCUGCAGGGGGAGCUGCAAGAGCUGGAGGAGCAGCAGAGACAGUUUGUAACGGAAAGCGCCGUGCAUAAAGACAAAGAGCUCGACGCCGCUGCCAGCGAGGACGAGGAACUCUGACCUCAAUAAAUGCUGUAUUUUAUCAGCUGACGAUUGUUUCUGAUAUGGAACUUAAAUCUGUUGCUCACCACAGACACUAAGGUUAAAAUACUCUGACAUGUACUCUGAGGGGAUGGGGAAAGAGCUGUCUCUGCCCCGCCCCCUCCUCCCUAUAGUCGUGCAUGCGGGUUGCCAUGUCUCAAAAACGGAAGCUUCAGUGUUUAGUCAGCUUUGCAUAGGUCUAGAAACCUUUCUGCGUUCUAACCUCUUUAUUUUUCAAAAGCAUCUCCAAUAUUGAUCUUAGUUUUACCACAUUUCUGGGCAUCGAGCUUAUUAGAAAAAUACAGAGGCUUUUUAGGUCAGGUGGAAUCAGUUAUAUCUGAAGUAGUUAAUUUGCAAUGUUUUACAAAUACAUUGCACCAAUGCUUUUGUGCAAUUUAGACAGUGUGUCCUCCUCUGCUCUCUGUUUGUUUUUAAGAGACUUGAGAUAAACUUUUGCAUUUUUAUGACACAAAUAUGUUGGCCCAACAUUGCCAAUAUUUCUGUGCAAUUCAGACAGUAUAAAGUCACCGCCUGUGUGAUUAAAUCAUCCAUGACCAAAACUAACUAUUCAUGUGCAGAAACGAUAAACCUAGCUGCAGGUCCCAGGUACAUGAAAUCCAUACCUGUUGGAUACCACGGCAAAAAAAUAGUCCUAGACUCUCAAUACUGGGUAAUUUAUUUUGUAUAAUUAUUCAAAUCUGUGUGCAAAUUCCUGCACAGUCUUACUUGCACAAAAAACAUUUGCAAUGUUGGGAUUUUUGUGUGUCAGACUGCACAAACGCACAGGUAUGUGUGUUUGUGCAUUACAACGCUCAUAUCCCAAUGUUGCCAAUGCAACUUUGGAUGGAUUAACUCUUCUCCUACACAUCUGUCUUAUGAAAUAGAUAUAGUUUUAUUUUUGUUUUUGUUUAAGUUUAAGUACUUUCUGAUGCUAUCGAUCAUUAAAAUGAGAGACUGUAUUGUUUUAUGGAUCAAGGAUGUCUUUAUGACCCCCAAGGGGCGUUACAGAAGACAACCACAAACAGCUGCUACCUGUCGCCAUUACUAGUGCCAUCUUUAUAACAAGUAUUGAAAUGUUCUGAACAUUACUAACCACUUGUUAACUGACUGUGUGCCAGAGGAGCUUCCUAAUCUGUAUGAAAUAGUGAUUCUCAGGUAACGAACACACAAACUCUUGCCACACACACACACACACACACACACACACAGAUAUCAGAGCUGAUGUUAUGACAGCCUGGAUGCUAAUGCUAACAGAAGCUAACUUGCUUUGUUUGUGGAGAGCUGAAAUGUCACUUUAAAUGUAUGUUUACAUUAAGGUUUCUUAAUACAUAAAUGAACAGUGUUAUAAGUGUGUGUGUGUGUUUCUGAGCACUGUGUGAGUGUGUGUCAGUGACAGAUUGUUAAAGCUCCUUUGUUCACGAUAAAGUUUUACACUGUGUGCACUGCUGCUUCAUAUUUUCUUUUCUUGUUGUUUCAAUGUUG